AUGAUGGAGGUUUCUGAUAUAAAGCCGCAGACGAAUCCAAACAUCUUGCACGAAGUGAUCUUGAACAAAUUCAACCGGACCACCAGUGGCAGAAUCUACGAGAAAGAUCUCAAGGACAUCUUUGCAAUGUUGAUCAUUUCCUUGGACCUUAAGAAGGACUCGAUGCCGGAAACCAGCGGCAAAGAUGCAAACUCGUCGCGGAUCAAGUUCAUGCAGUUUUCCAAAAAAUAUGCUUACUCCUUCUUGCUCAGCACAGCUAUUGAGAAAAUGAGCCACCUUAAGAUAGAAAUCGAGUCUAGCAAAACAGUCACGUCCAUCUCGUACAAUUUUAAACCCGAGGUUGCGCUUUCGUUGAUCAUUCAAUUUUACAGGGCCAAGCUUUUGCACUCGCCUGCAGACCGAACUAGGGAAGAACCAAAGCCUGUAGUGGCACUCCAGCCGACUCCCAAAGGCUUAUCCAUUGUGCAAGCCUUUUGCGUGAAGCAAGGGUUGAAAAAAGCAAACUUGCCCGACAUUUUACUCCAGCCGGAAUUCAACUCGAUGCGCCUUUUCAAUUUUGAAAGAGACCCGAUUUCUGAUAAAGUGGUUUACUCAAAGAGCCUCGUGCACUUGUUGUUCGGCAGGCUCUUGGGACCUCGCCCCAAUAUAUGGUCGCCGACAAACAAGCCUGAUAAAGUGCACGUGCAGAAGGAAGGCUACUUUGAAUGCGAAAAGUUUGAAUCUCAACCAGGGGAUUUUGCGCUGCUACUGGAGCUGGACAGUAGCUCGAACGGGUCGGGGUCUGGGUCUGGGUUUGGGUUGGGACCAGAUAAGGGUUUCAGCUUUCUGAGUUACCAAAAGAGCAGCUCGGACUUUGACAGCGAGCCCAGACUGACCAGUGUAUCUACAGAAGAGAUACUAAGCCCCUUCCACCAUCGAUACUUUGAGAAUCCCAAAUCCGAUGCUCACAUGCAGUACUAUGUUUCUUCUGUUGGAGUCCGGCUCAUGAGAGACAAGAUCUUGGUCGCUCAUGGCCAAACAGAGUACCAUGUCAGCGGCAAAGCGAUUUGCCAAUGGCUAAUGGACUGCUCUGAUAUUGUGAGCUCAAAGCAAGCAUCGGAAAUAGCCAGCUUAUUUUUGAAGCAUGGUCUCUUCACGCCAGACAAUUUUGAUGAAAAGGACGGCGUGUCUGUGUUUCUGCGAGAGCGAUACUACAAGGUGACUUCUCGAGGCUUGCAAAUCAGUCAGUGGGGCAAGCGACUGCAAGAGCGCAUGUUGAAGCCUCGCCAAGUUUACUCAAAUGGAAAUUUAAAGAGCCAAAAGUCGGACCUUUCUCUUUUGGAGAUUUUGAAGGACCCUGGCACGAAAAUGCAGUUUAGAAAGCAUUUGGAGAAUGAGUUUUGCUUGGAGAACUUUGAUGCAUAUUGUCAACUUGAGAUGUUCUCUAGCAAGAUGCAACCGUUAUUGGGACUUAUUGGCCAUGCUGGAGAAGGAAACUCGGAUUCCAAAGACGAGCUAAACCAACAGCUCUUGGACCAGCAGAAAGCAUGCUUGUCAAUGGCCUACCAGAUUUUCAACACCUAUAUCAAUUCAGAAUCGCUCCGCGCAGUAAACAUUGACUACAAGCUACGGACCAGGAUCAUGAACUUGCUAACCAAGCUUUCUUACAACAAAGAAGCGUUAGAGUAUGAGUCUUUAUCUAAAUACAUGAAAACGCCGACUGAGAUCUACAGCGUUGACUUUACCCCAGUUCCUGAUUCCGAGUCCGAGUCCGAGUCCGAAUCCAAGCACGAGUCCACGCACGAACGCGAACAACCAAGCUCCUACAUCGAGCCAAGCACCUUGGAAACAUUACUAGAGAUUAGUGAAUUGUUUGAACAAGUGCGGAAGCACAUGUACAAAUUGAUGGAGAUUAAUUCCGUGCCGAAAUUCUUAUCCAACUUAAACCCAAGGAUGUGA